UGUGUAAACGAACUGAUGGAUGAAGAUGAGAAGGACAGGGCAAAGAGGGCAUCACGCAACAAAUCCGAAAAGAAGAGGAGGGACCAGUUCAAUGUCCUCAUUAAAGAGCUUUGCACAAUGCUGCAGGGCCACGGCCACCCUCUCAAGAUGGACAAGUCCACAAUACUGCAGAGGACUAUCGACUUCUUACAGAAACAGAAAGAAAUCACAGCACAGACAGAAGCCUGUGAGAUUAGACAAGACUGGAAGCCUUCAUUUCUUAGCAACGAGGAGUUCACCCAGUUGAUGUUAGAGGCACUAGAUGGCUUUCUCAUCGCCCUUACCACUGAUGGGAUUAUUAUUUAUGUAUCUGAUAGUGUAUCGUCUCUGCUUGGACACUUACCGUCAGAUUUGGUGGACCAAAAUAUAUUAAACUUUCUGCCUGAGCGGGAACAGAGCGAGGUGUACAAGCUCCUUUCUCCACAUGUGCUCAUGACAGAUCCUGUUGCAGCUGAUUUUCUAAACGCAGAAAAACAAAUAGAGUUUUGCUGCCAUUUAGCAAGAGGCAGCUUAGAUCCAAAUGAACCCCUGAUGUAUGAAUAUGUGAAAUUUGUAGUGGAUUUUAAAUAUUUUACUCAUGUGCCUACACCCUCCUGUAAUGGCUUUGAGUCAGCUAUUGCACGAGCUUUCAGGUCAGCCACGGAGGAGCAGAUUUGCCUCGUAGCAACUGUUCGUCUCGUCACACCGCAGUUCUUAAAGGAGCUCUGCAAUGUUGAAGAGCCAUGUGAAGAAUUUACAUCGAGGCAUAGUUUGGAAUGGAAGUUUUUAUUCUUGGACCACAGGGCUCCACCUAUUAUAGGAUAUUUACCCUUUGAGGUUCUGGGAACGUCAGGGUAUGAUUACUACCACGCAGAUGACCUGGAGCUUCUUGCUAGGUGCCAUGAACACUUGAUGCAGUUUGGAAAAGGAAAGUCCUGUUACUAUCGGUUCCUGACCAAAGGCCAGCAGUGGAUAUGGCUGCAAACACACUACUACAUCACCUACCACCAGUGGAAUUCCAAACCCGAGUUCAUCGUUUGCACUCACCUGGUAGUUAGCUAUGCAGAAGUUCGAGCUGAAAGAAGGCGAGAUCUUGGCCUUGAAGAGUCAUCAAUUGAACUGGCAUCCUCUUCUCUAAAGAGCCAUAGCAGCUACCUGGACAUUGGACCAUGCAGCAGCAGCCAGGAUGCCAGCCGGGAGGGACUAUCACUGUCAUCCCACAGCUCCCGGCGCUCCUCGCACACCGCUCUCUCCGACUCCGCAUCCACGUCGUCCAUGCGACACACGGACACCAGCACACCCACCCGGCCGUCGGUGCUGGGGGGACAGGCGGAGAAGGCAGCCCUGCGGCUGGCAUCGGCUGGGAGCACUCAGGCCAUAGCAACUCCUCAAGUCCCUGGUGAACACGUCCCUCAGCAGCCCGUGGCUCAGCCGGCAGUCCCCUCUCAGCACGCUGUGAUGCCAGUGUACCAUUUCCCCACCCAGCUGGGGAUGAUGCAUCAGCUGAAAGAGCAGCUGGAGGAGAGGACUCGCAUGCUGCAAGCUGACAUCAAGACGCAGCAAGAAGAGCUCCACGUUAUCAAAGAACAGCUCCAGCUAGUGCAGGACUCUAACCUGCAGAUGCUGAUGCAGCAGCCAAUCCCUGUCGUCUUUAACAACGUGCAGCACCCGAGUCCCAGGAGGCCACUGCCACCGGGGACACCCAGGCAGACCACAGCCAAGAAGUCACAGCAGCCAGGCCUUAUGGGGACGAAGCAGUACUGCAGCACCCACCUGCCAUCACCACGCCAAUUCCUCAGGGACCCCUGCAGCACGGCCGCCCAGGUACAGCAGCAGCACCUAAUGAGAGGAAACCAAGCCCAGCAAACGUGUCUGCCAGGGCAGACGAGCAUUUCAGUGCCCCUCUACAACAACCCCAUGGUGUUUUCACAAACACAUCCCGUUACAGUGGCUGCACAGAUGCCGGCUGACAGCAGUGAAAGGCAACCACAGUCUGACUACAGCCAGGACAGGAGCCUCAGGAUGCUGUUGGAUCAGUCUAUCCAAGCCAUGAUGCCUGCUGCCAACGGCAGUGGCCAGUCCACCCAGAGCAGUGCCGGCAGGCAGCAAGGAAAAUUCAUUGCAGAGCAGCAGAUCUUGCCUCCCCCAAUACAGAUGCAACCAAUUACCUGUAGCACCAUCCGACCUCCAGCCCCAUCGCCCGUCUUCUCCCCAUCACUGAUGAUCCCACACGCCAGCUUCACAUCCCACCAGGCAAACACACCGGUUCAUCUCCACCAGUGGCCACAGCAACAAGUUCAGCAGCACCGUCUCUACCUUCAGAUGCAAGGUCCUGAGCCAGUGCCCGGGACUCCAACGCAGCGCAUUUUCCAGCCACCCCACACCCCGCAGCAGAACCCCCUGAGCUACUUCCUCCACCCGCAGCAGCAGAGCCGCCAUGCACAGGGCCAGCCCUGCAACCUGCCUGACCUGCCUGAGAUGCAGCUGCCCUGA